AUGAAUUCUUUUGGGCCAGGGGUUGAUACGUCGUUUGUUGGAGUGAGCUCUGAUAAAGGCGAGGUCUCAGCCCCAUGGGAGUCAGAGCAAAUUUCCCAGCCAUGGACAAGACAACAGUGUCAGAAGUGGGAUUCGAACCCACGCCUCCAGGGGAGACUGCAACCUGAACGCAGCGCCUUAGACCGCUCGGCCAUCCUGACGUGGCCGAGUGCCAUCGUGGUCCUCUUCAUCACGCUCAGACGCAGCAAGAAGGAGCCGCUGAUCAUCUCGGAGGAGGACGUGCGGGAGAACGUGGUCACCUACGACGACGAGGGCGGCGGCGAGGAGGACACCGAGGCCUUCGACAUCAUCGCGCUGCGGAACCCGGCCGCCGCGGAGGAACUCAAAUUCAGACGGGACGUGAGACCGGACGCCAGGCAGCACCGCAGCGCGCCACGGCGACGCAGCUCCAGCAGUCCGUCCGUGGACCAGGCCGACGUCCACGACUUCAUCAAACACAAACUGGUGGAGGCGGACUUGGACACCAGCGGGCCUCCGUACGACUCUCUGCAGACGUACGCCUUCGAGGGGCAGGGGUCGCCGGCGGGGACGAUAAGCCCGCUGGAUUCUUUCGGCACGCAGUCGGAGCAGGAUUACAAUUACCUGGACGACUGGGGGCCCGAGUUUCAGAAACUGGCCGAGAUCUACGGAGACGCAGAUUCGGAUGUGACGACCUAA